AUGGUACAGAAAUAUCAGUCUCCGGUCAGAGUCCACAAGUACCCCUUUGAAAUGGUAAUGGCGGCGUAUGACAGGCGCUUCCCCACCUGUCCCCUGAUCCCCGUCUUCCUGGGCAGCGAGGUCCUCGGUGAGGUCACCAGUGAGGACGGCUCCUUGCGCACGGUGGAGCGAAGGUGCAAGCUCCACAUGGACGCGCCACGGCUCCUUAAAAAGAUUGCAGGUGUGGAAUAUGUCUACUUCAUUCAGAAGAACAUUUAUAACUGGAAGGACAGGACUCUACUAAUUGAAGCCCACAAUGAGACCUUCGCCAGCAGAGUGGCUGUCACCGAGACCUGCUGUUACAGUGUUCAUCCUGAGAAUGAGGACUGGACGUGUUUUGAGCAGUCAGCCUCCAUGGACAUCAAGUCUUUCUUCGGAUUUGAGAGCACUGUGGAGAAGAUUGGCAUGAAACAGUACACUGCCAACAUCAAGAGAGGUAAAGAAGUGAUUGAGUACUAUGUGAAGGAGCUGAUGGAAGAGGGGAUCUCUGAAAUCCCACGCUGGGCGCCCCCGGAGAAGCAUACCCUGACCGGGCCCCCUGCCUCUUCCUGCGGCCCCUCUCCCCUCUCAUCGCCGGACUCCAGGCUGGACCUGGACUCCCUCGCACACAGCGUCACCAAAGACGGCCCGCCAGAGCCGACCACGCCCGAUGUGGACAAGUUAGAUGCAGAUUAUAUUGAGCGCUACCUGGGGAAACUGGCACCAAUGCAGGAGAGCUGUCUGAUUCAGCUGAGGCGGUGGCUGCAGGAGACCCACAAAGGAAAGAUCCCCAAAGAUGAGCACAUCCUCCGCUUCCUGCGCGCCCGGGACUUCAACCUGGACAAGGCGCGGGAGAUGCUGUGCCAGUCGCUGGCCUGGAGGAAGCAGCACCAGGUAGACUCCAUCUUGGAGGCUUGGAGGCCCCCUGCCUUCCUGGAGGAGUAUUACGCCGGCGGGUGGCACUUCCACGACAGCAGCGGGCGACCGCUCUACAUCCUGCGCCUGGGCCAGAUGGACACCAAGGGCCUGGUGAAAGCGCUGGGGGAGGAGGCCUUGCUCAGACAUGUGCUAUCAAUCAAUGAGGAGGGACAGAAAAGGUGUGCGGAGAACACCAAAAUAUUUGGAAGACCGAUCUCGUCUUGGACGUGUCUCCUUGACCUGGAAGGCUUGAGCAUGAGGCACCUGUGGAGGCCGGGGGUGAAGGCCCUCCUGCAGAUCAUUGAGGUGGUGGAGGCCAAUUACCCCGAAACUCUGGGCAGGCUUCUGAUUGUGCGCGCCCCACGCGUCUUCCCCGUGCUGUGGACACUGGUCAGUCCGUUCAUAAAUGACAACACACGGCAGAAAUUCCUGGUCCUCGGCGGUAUCAGCUCUCAGGGACUGGAAGGACUGGCAGAGUACAUCAGCGAAGAGAUCAUCCCAGACUUCCUCGGUGGGGAUUGUCUCUGCAAUGUGCCAGAGGGCGGCCUGGUUCCAAAGUCCCUCUAUCAAACAGUGGAGGAGCCGGAGAAUACAGGCCACAUAAAACUGUGGGCUGAGACCAUCUACCAGACUGCCCAUGUCUUUAAAGGAGCACCCCAUGAGUGUUUCAUCGAGAUUCCGGAGAGCUCCUCGGUUAUCACGUGGGACUUUGACGUGCUGAGAGGAGACCUGCUGUUCAACAUCUUCCGCUCCAAAAGGGCCCCUCAGGCAGACAGUAAGGAUGCUUCAACCACGGCACCCGGGGGUGUCCGCAAUGUGCAGCUGAUAGAGAAGACCUGGGUGCCCGGCGUGGACUACAGCAUGGUGGAGCCACCUCUCCUGUGUCGAGAAGGAGAGAGCAUCCAGGGCUCCCACAUAACCCGCUGGCCUGGCCACUACAUCCUGCAGUGGAAGGUGGGGGGUCCUCUGUCUGGAUCCGGAUCGGAUGACGCUCCACCCAUCCUGCAGGGCUCCUCCCACAAGUGCAAGGUCAUGUACUACACAGAGGUGUUGGCUUCCCGGGACUUCAGGGGUUCGAUGACCAGCCUGGAGUCGUGGCAGAGCGGCUUCUCCCACCUCAGUGCUGCCACUACAUCCUCUAGCCAGUCCCAGAACAGCUCCCUCACCUCCAGAUAGACCCAGGACCAGAGCCUAACCUGGCAUGGGCCAG